UGGAUUUAGAUUUCAUGUAACACCCCUUGCACGUAACCAAACCUCUUAUUGUCAGGACCGGAUUAAAGUUCCUUGGCACUGUGUGAAGUUGCAGUGAUUAGGUGAGACACUUAAGUGUAGUUUUCUACCAUUGAGACCCGUUUGCUGUCAGAAAGAGACCACCUCAAUAACAAUGCCUCGCAAACUGACCUCUGUAGAAGGUGUAGCCAUAGCGGAAGAUAUUGCCAAAAACUGGGAUCAGAUCAAGUCCUUCCAAGCCAGGCCCGGAGACAUCCUGAUAGACACUUACCCCAAAUCAGGAACCACUUGGAUUCAGGAGAUAGUGGACUUAGUAAUGCAUGAUGGGAAUGAGCAGAUCAGCAGAAGAGCCCCAAUAUUUGAGAGGAUGCCAUUUAUUGAGCUGCUCCACUUGAUGAAACCAGGGAUGGACGAGGUUAACGCAAUGCCUUCACCUAGAGUCCUGAAGUCACAUCUGCCUAUUCAGCUUGUUCCAGAUUCAUUUUGGAAAAACAAUUGCAAGGUGAUCUAUGUGGCACGGAAUGCCAAGGACACGCUAACAUCCUUUUACCACUUUGAUCAUAUUGUGCAAAUACAUCCAGAGCCUGGUACUAUAGAGGAAUACAUGCAGAGGUUCAUGUCAGGAGACGUUGGCUGGGGAUCCUGGUAUGAUCAUGUCAAAGGAUUCUGGGAGGCUAAGGAAAAACACAACAUUUUAUACCUUUUUUUUGAGGACCUGAAACAAAACCGCUUGCAGGAGGUGCGCAAACUCAUUGAGUUCCUGAACAAAGAUCUGCCAGAGGAGGUGCUGACGAACAUUGUGCGUCUGACGUCCUUCGAGCAGAUGAAGAAAAAUCCAAUGGCCAACAACUCUACAUUCCCUAAGCAUAUACUGGACCAGUCGCAGGGCAUUUUUAUGAGAAAAGGUAACGUAGGAGACUGGAAGAACCUGCUCACUCCGGACCAGAGUCAGCUGUUUGAAGAGGAUUACCAAAGGCAGAUGAGCGGAUCUACACUCAAGUUCCAGACUCCUGUGUGACAAACACCAAGUGCCUACAGCUGUCACUUAUAAUAUAAUAUAUUCUGUUCAGACAUUACACACAUGAUGGAGCUGAAUAUAAGUUACAUUUCUUUGUAGAUUUAAUACAGAUCCUGUGAUUGAUUACACAUAUACAGACGAUCAUUUUGUAUUAUCUUUACUGUUUCGGCGUUCAGACAAGUUAAAUUGUUUCACUAUUAGUGCUACAGUCUGCAGCAAAUAUAUCAAAUAUAUAUUAUUAAACUCCUUUUA